AUGUCUUCUAUACUUAUCACAGGCGCUGGCGGCUACGUCGGUCAAGAGCUGGCUGCCGAACUGCUGCGUACAUCAUCACCAGACACCACAGUGACUAUCACCGAUGUACAGGCGCCGCCAGUACCACCGUCGGUAGCAUCUGGGGAUGCAGCAUCUCGAUUGAAGACUGUGGCAGCAGACUUGACAUCUCCCCAGGCUGUCGAUGAGCUCAUCAACGAAUCCGCCCCAUACGAGACCGUUUUCUUGCUCCAUGGCAUCAUGUCCAGCGGCUCGGAGGCAAACUUCGAUCUCGGAAUCAAAGUCAAUCUUGACUCGACGAGGUACAUCCUCGAUCGUCUCAAGGCGACCAUGCCCGGUGUCAAAGUCGUGUUUACUUCUUCCCUGGCCGUCUACGGUCCUACGAAGCCCGGUUUCGUCAUUAGUGAAUCUAAUCUACCGCCUGUCCCUCUGUCGUCAUACGGUUCACAGAAACUCAUCAUCGAGAUCCUGUUGAAUGAUUACUCUCGAAGGGGAUUCCUGGAUGGUCGCGCCGUGCGCUUGCCAACCGUCACUGUUCGCGCUGGCAAGCCGACGCAGGCUGCCAGCAGCUUUGUGAGCGACAUUAUCCGAGAGCCAUUUCAUGGAAAGAAGGCAAUUUUGCCAGUCGCAAAGGAUACGCCAGUCUGGAUCUGCUCGCCAUAUACCAUUGUGAAAAACAUAUUGCAUGCCCGUGAUGUACCCAAAGAGGCGUUUGGUGACUCGCGCUCUGUUAACUUGCCGGGCCUGCUCAUCACGGUGCAGGAGAUGCUUGACGCACUAGAGCAAAUCGGCGGUCCAGAGAAAAGGGCUCUAGUGGAAGAAAAAUACGACGCUGACGUUGAUAGAAUCGUGCAGAGUUGGUCGCCGCUGUUUGACAGUGCGCGUGCGAGGGAGCUGGGAUUUGCGGACGAUAUUCCGUUGAUUGAGAAUAUCAAGAGGUUUGCGGGCUCCUUGGCCUAG